GCGUGCCGCUCGCAGCUGCUCGCGGUUGGGCGCGCGGACUGCCCGCGCCGGGAGCUGCCGGAGUGGCCCGAGGGCUACGGCAAGCUGCUCCGAUUCCCGUUUGGCAUCUCCGACAUGAAGGCCCUCAAGCAGUUUGCGCGCGCCUUGUGGCAGCCGGACGGCACGGCGGCCUCGCUUCCGGACGGCUGCACCGACCGGGGCUUCCACCACCGCAGGGGCACCAGGUGCGUCUCGGAGAUGGUGGGCGUGCACCCGGUCGGCGGCGAAGGGCACCGUUGGUCCGCCCAGCUGUGGGCGGACGCGCAGGAUUGGUGCCUUGCGCACGAUAACUGCACGGGCAUAAUGCUCUACGUGGGCGCCCACGCGAUGAACUGCCACUACUGGUGCGGACGGCCGCAGUUCUGCGACGGCCCAAUAGUUGGCGACGAGGGCACGGAGUCGAGCGGAGAGUGGAACCUCUUCGCGAGGGGCGGACCCGAUGGCGCAUGCGGCGAGGACGGGGCCAGCGAGGGCGCGUCAGACGUUGGCCGCCUGCCCGAGGCCGCGGGUCUGGGCCCCAGCGGCGGAGCGCGGUCGCCCGCCCCCGCGGCCACGGUCGUGGUCGAGGAGAACGGCUCCGUCGUCCUCCACGAGGGCAUCGCGGUGGUAGAGGCCUGGUGGCGCGCCAGGGACAACGCAUCGCGCGCGGCAGAGGCCGACGUCAGGGAUCUGGUGCAGCGGCAGUGCAGCAGCGGGAACCCCACCGUGUACGCGACGAGCGAGCUCUUCGGGGACCCCGCGGCGGGGCAGACCAAGGCGCUGGAGAUCACGUACAGGAACGCGUCGCGGGGCGCCACGAGCCCGCCGGGGGUGACCGUGCUGGCCCAGAUAGGCAGUCCGCAGUACUGGGCGGUCGGUGGACCUGAGGCUGUGCAUUGUGAGCGUGUCGAAGGCAAUGCAGGCUGAGGGGCAUGGAUUUGAGGUGUUCCUCGCGUUCCAAGAGGACAUCGACGGUGCCGACAUUGAGCAAAUCGAGGAGGACGCGCGGUCCACGUUCGGCGGUAGCGCCGUUAGGGCCAUCACGGCAGAGAACAGGGGAGCAGACAUCGGGCUCCUGCUCCACCAGCUCCUGGUCCUCGGCGGUGAGCCAGCAGGGCACCACUACGACGUGUUCCUGAAGGUCCACACCAAGAGCAACGACACCUACCGGAGGAAGUGGCUGGGAGACCUUUGCGGAACCACCAACCAGACUCGCAGGGUGUACCGCCAGCUCCGGAAACAGCACUAUCCACUGGGUAUGGUGGGCCCUGCAUCCAGUGUCGCGCUGUAUCCCGAGCCGUUGACGGAUUUCACUGGAAAGGUGUGGGAGGGCGUCUGGGGAGAUGUUGACAUUGAUGCAAUGCGGAGAACGUGGUACAUAAUGCAGCCCUGCGUUCCUUUUAGUAUUGCCUUGGACACGGCUCGCGUCAUCGCAGGGUCUUUCUAUUGGGCUCGUCACACGGCUGUGCUGUACAAGGUUAUCUUAAAUUCAGUGACCAGGCUUUUAGAGACGAUGCCCCAUGGGUACAAAACGAUGUCGACGGGUCAGACCUCGCAUGCGCUCGAACGGUUGAUGCCAGGGAUGGCUGUGGGCAUCCAGGGGAUGUCCGUCGCCUCUGUGGACCAGCUCGACCUGACCUCAUUUCCAGAGACCUGGAGUGACAAAGAGCGCUCCAGACCAAAAUGUCUUUUCUCGCGUGUGCCUCGUGUGUGCGC